AUGGUACAAGUUUUCUUCGUGGCGUCUGUGGCGGAAGCUGUCGAAAAGUACGAAGGGAAGCUGAAACUAGAAAAAGGCGAUCGAAGGUUGCGUCUACCUCCGUGGCUCAAAAAAGAAAAGAUUCUUCCUUCGGAGAACGAAAACGUCAGCCGUUUGAAAAAACAGCUGAAGCAUCUGAAACUAGCCACUGUUUGUCAAGAAGCACGGUGUCCCAAUUUAGGAGAAUGCUGGGGAGGUUCCGAAGACAGCCUAGCAACAGCUACAAUUAUGUUGAUGGGAGAUACUUGUACUCGUGGAUGCAAGUUUUGUUCUGUCAAAACUGCACGAGCACCACCACCAUUGGAUCCAUUAGAGCCAGAAAACACUUCCACAGCAGUGGCUUCCUGGGGUGUUGAGUACAUCGUCCUUACGUCAGUUGAUAGAGAUGACUUACCGGACGGAGGGGCUGACCAUCUUCGUAAGACAGUUCAACUGAUGAAAUUGAAGAAACCAGAGUUGCUGAUUGAAUGCUUACUUCCUGACUUCGCUGGGGAUAAGAUUAGCAUAGAAAAGCUGGCAACGAGUGGACUCGAUGUUUAUGCUCACAACAUUGAAACUGUUGAACGGUUAACUCCGUGGGUCAGAGACCCCAGAGCUCAAUAUAGGCAAUCGUUAGAUGUCUUGCGAUACGCUAAGGAAGUCAGCCCGAGGCUGAUAACAAAAACGUCAAUCAUGUUGGGACUUGGAGAGAGUGAUGACGAAAUAAAAGCUUGUCUUGCUGAUCUUCGCUCCAGUAAUGUUGAUGUUGUCACAUUUGGGCAAUAUAUGCAACCCACAAAAAGACAUUUGUUGGUCAAAGAAUGGGUUACACCAGAAAAGUUCGACGAAUGGGCCGAGUAUUCGAAGAAACUCGGAUUUCUCUAUGUGGCGUCUGGACCCCUCGUCAGAUCAUCCUACAAAGCCGGAGAAUUUUAUUUAAAAAAUGUGUUGAGAAAUAGACAACAAUAG